AUGCAGUCUGAGGUGGCACUGGCUGGAAUCUCCAGGGCUCACCUAACAAUACCGUAUACUUUGCGUCUCAAGAUUCGUACUCCGCAGUUCGCAGUUCGCAGUUCGCAGUUCGCACCUCGCAGUUCGCACUUCGCACUUCGCAACUGCGUUAACCCCGCACUUACACGCUUUAAGUUCCCGAGAGCCUCUGCGCCUGAGCACGCAUGA